AUAAGAUGAUCUUUGGAAGUGGAACCAGAUUAACCAUUGAACCCAGGGCAGAGUACGAGCCAUCCUACUUCAAACUGCAACAUGACGGGACCACGGCUUGCUUGGCCACCGGUUUCAGCAGACACAAUGCUGCACUUGGCCAUCGUAACUACUCAAACCUUUUCAACGAUUCUGAGGCUGUACGCAUAUCUCCAGACCUCGCUCUGUACAACCAGGUCAUUUUUCUAGAUGAUGGUGAAGAUGCAUGUGAAGAAUCCAGUGGUGAAGAUGUUCCAUGUGUAGAUACUAUGUCACCAGAUAAGACGGUGAGCAUGGCAUCUGUGGCCGUCCUGGGCUUACGAGUGAUCCUCUUCAAGACCAUUGUCUUCAACGUCCUGCUGACGAUGCGGCUGUGGAUCAGUCAGUGAACCCAGCAAACCUUCACCAGAAAGAAGAAAUCUCCAUGAUGAAGAUGCACAGAACAGCCUGUUGAUCCUGUGUUAGAACGUGUAUAAAUCUCACGUCAGCUGUUCGUCCCUGUGGACAGACGUGAAGCUUUCCUGUGUCACAUGUAAUGCUGAUUAUUUUUUGAAAAAUAAUAAUUCAUAUUGUUGCUGUUUUAUUCUUUCUGUCCUGAUGAUGUAAAUAUCACACUGACAUUUAACACGCUGCUCUGUCAUAUCUGCUGUGUACAAUAAAAACUGGAAAACG